CAUAGGUGAAGAUGAACUAUGAACUCUAAAUACUGUUCCGCCCCCGCACAUACAUUACACAUAAUCAUAAGGAGUGUCAGUGUUGGAUAAGUUAAUUCAAUAGACAGACAGCGACUAUGGCGGCUAGGAUAGGAGGCAGUGUUCUGGUGACAGGGUCUAACCGGGGAAUCGGUCUAGAGCUAGUCCGUCAGCUGGCAGAGUCCACCAGUGCUCCAGCCCAGAUCAUUGCCGCGUGUCGAGAUCUAUAUGGAGCUCAGGAGUUCAGGUCAUACCUGCAGAAGGCAGCUGACCAAUUAGGUCCUGCAAGAACAGGGAUGUCCUGUAGCAGGGCAGCCAUCAUCAACAUCUCCACUCUGCUGUCCUCGGUUAAGAAGUGUCCUGAGACUUUCUCCAUGGCCCCUAUGUAUCCUUACAGAGCCAGCAAGGCAGCACUGAACAUGCUGACAUGUUGCCUGGCAGAGGACUUCCAGAGGGAUGGGAUUCUGGUCAUGGCCAUUCACCCUGGCUGGGUGAAAACUGACAUGGGAGGCCCACAUGCACCGGUGAAGACUGAGGACAGUGCCAAAGGCAUUCUGCAUGUGAUGUCAACCCUCACAGAGAAGCACAAUGGCAGCCUUCUGGACUGGGAAGGGAAUGGUAUCCCAUGGUGAUGUUCCAGGCCAAUGGUCCAGUCUCUGGGACCAAUAGACUUAGACUUCUGAGUUCUGUGAAAAAAUCUCUUAGUAUGACUGAAUAAUGUUUUGUCUGCCUAAAGGCGAGUCUGUAAUCUGUAAUUUCAUUUUUCAUUCUGAUUCAAUUUCUUAACUCAAUAAACUGACUACAAGACUCUCA